AUGCUAAAAAGCUGCUUUAACUUGAGUGUACGAAAAUGUGCAAUUUCAGCUUGUGUUGGCCAAAAAGUUUCGCACAUAACCGCUUCAAGAUCUCUCUCUCUGAAACCAAACUUCAGCAAAUUGAAACUCACACCUCCACCAGCGGGCGGUGUCGUGGGCGGCAUCAACGACAAAGUUGAAAAACCCGAUGUUGAUUUUUUCCACGGGUCGUACCAUUGGGAUUACGAAAGAAUCACUGCUAUUUCGUUGAUACCUCUAACAUUGAUUCCCAUGUAUGGCGCUCUUUCCAGUGGCACCGUUUACCCUAUGAUCGACGCCACUCUUUGCAGUGUUCUGCUAAUACACGUUCAGCUAGGCCUCACUAGUUGUAUCGUGGACUACAUUCCCAAGCGGAAAUUUGGCGUAUGGCAUAAAAUGGCCAUGGCAGCACUUUAUUCAGGCACCGCUGUAGGCUUGUACGGAGUUUAUGAGCUCGAGACAAGCAACAACGGUCUAAUAGAUCUCAUUGCCAAACUUUGGAAAGACGAGGACGCCGAAUUGUCUAUUUUUUCAAGAUCUUGA